GCUCCAUCGUCUCUCUCUCUCUCUCUCCUCUGGUUCGAUUUCUUUCUUUCUCUCUCUACACUCUCUCCUAAGAUCUUCCUCUCCCCUUUUCGCCAUUUUUCUAUCCCUAAAAGACCCCGCUCUUUUUUUUCCCUCCUUCUUGUAAAGUGAUGUUCUUAUACUCUUUCUUCUAGAUCCUCGACCGCAUUUCAUGGAUCUGUAAGCCAUAUAUCUGCAUUGCUUCGUCCUGCUUCUGCCGUUUCGUUUUCUCUCUCUUAGGGUUUCUUGUUGUCAUGUUUUGGUUUUGUCUUUGUUGAAUUGAACUGGGGGAAUUGGUCGGGUUUUUUUGAGUGGUGUUGAGCCAUGUAGUGGGGAUUUGGAGCUCGCAUUGUGUCGGGGGAAAUUGUUGAUGGCGAGUUCUUCACCGUAUCCCCUGCGAGUGUUUUCAAUGGCAGAUUUAUGUUGACGUGGUUGAGCUUGUUGUUUGCGAUGGCUACUGAUGAUGAUUCUUUCCUCUGAAAUUUGCUCUUUGGACGCAAAAUGCCUUUCUCGAUUACGCACCUUCUUCUGGUUCUUCAUGCGGCCAAUUUGGUUUUUUCUUGCUCAGGACAAUCUACACCACACAUAUACUUAUCUCCUUCCUUAGAGCCCAACCUGGAAACAACAAUGGCAGAAAUGUCAACAGAGCAUGUAAGUUCGGAGCCGAUGGGUUUUUCAUUUGUGCCCUCAAAAUUACAUGGUAACUGGAUGUCUAAGUCAUCUUCGGGACCAACGACUGCUCCUGCACCUUCUCCAGGUCCUAUAGUUGCACCUUUACCUAUCCGACAUCAUCGAUGGCGUCGUAAACAACCUCAUGUGGUUGCUCCUACCCCGUCAAAAGACCAAGGUUGUGAUCAAAUAUGCAUGGAACCUCUUACUGCGGCACCCUUUGGUUCACCUUGCGGCUGUGUAUUUCCCAUGAAAGUCAGACUUCUUCUGGAUAUAGCUCCAUAUGCUGUUUUUCCUGUGAUGAACGAGCUUGAAAUUGAGAUUGCAGAGGGGACUUACUUGGAGCAAAGCCAAGUGAAAAUCAUGGGUGCCAAUGCAGAUAGUCAAAAUCAGGGAAAAACUGUGGUGGAGAUAAAUUUAGUGCCUCUGGGAGAGAAAUUUGAUAAUACCACUGCAGUACUGACUUACAGAAGAUUUUGCGAUAAAAAAGUGCAUCUAAAUAUGACGCUUUUUGGUGAUUAUGAAGUUGUCUACAUCAGCUAUCCAGGGAUUCCUUCUUCACCGCCAUAUGGAGGUUACAUGGGAAGUGCUCCUAGUGGAAGUGCUGGAGAUCUUCCCAUUACUGCAAAUUUCGUUAAUAAGAGCCAGAAGAUGAAUGUUAAAAUAAUUGCCGUCAUAGCACUUUCAGCAUUUGUUGUGUUAUUGGUGUUCAUUGGAGCUCUUUCCAUCUUUUUUAAAUGGAGAAAGGUUGGCAGACCGUCUAGUGCUGUUGGCCCUGUCUUCACGUCAUCAAUUAACAAAAGAUCUGGUCUAGGAUCAGCCUUAUCGAGUAGCAUUGCAAGCUCCACAUCUGUUUCCCUAAUGUCCGCGAUGCCAACCAGUAUUCAAUCUGUCAAAACAUUUGCACUUUCUGAACUUGAGAAAGCAACAGAUAAAUUUAGUUCAAGAAGGAUUUUAGGCGAAGGGGGAUUUGGCCGGGUUUACUUUGGUCUUCUGGAAGAUGGAAACGAAGUUGCAGUUAAGUUGCUUACACGGGAUAAUCAGAAUGGAGACCGUGAAUUUAUUGCGGAAGUUGAGAUGUUGAGUAGACUGCACCAUCGGAAUCUUGUGAAACUGAUUGGGAUAUGCAUUGACGGGCGAACUCGCUGCUUAGUUUAUGAGCUUGUCCAUAAUGGAAGUGUUGAGUCCCACUUGCACGGCAUUGACAAGAGAAAGGGACCCCUUGACUGGGAUGCGCGGUUAAAGAUUGCUCUUGGAGCAGCAAGAGGUUUGGCAUAUCUUCACGAAGAUUCUAACCCCCGUGUAAUUCACCGCGAUUUCAAGGCAAGUAAUGUUUUGUUGGAAGUUGACUUCACCCCCAAGGUUUCGGAUUUUGGAUUGGCUAGGGAGGCAACUGAAGGAAGUGAACAUAUCUCAACACGGGUGAUGGGAACUUUUGGGUAUGUUGCCCCUGAAUAUGCAAUGACAGGGCACCUACUCGUCAAGAGUGAUGUUUACAGCUAUGGAGUCGUGCUACUUGAGCUUCUUUCGGGAAGAAAACCAGUGGACAUGUCCCAGCCACACGGUGAGGAGAACCUUGUAACAUGGGCUAGGCCUCUACUAACCAGUAGAGAAGGUUUGGAGCAACUAGUAGAUCUUUCUCUAGCUGGUAGUUAUGACUUUGAUGACAUGGCCAAGGUGGCUGCCAUUGCUUCCAUGUGCGUUCAUCCAGAGGUGACCCAGAGGCCAUUCAUGGGAGAAGUUGUGCAGGCUCUGAAGCUGAUAUACAACGACACAGAUGAGACGUGUGCAGACUACUGCAGCCAAAAGGAGUCCUCAGCUCAGGAAUCGGAUUUCAAAGGCGAUCUCGUACCAUCAGAUAGCAGUUGGUGGAAUGCUGGUGGUCUCACACCUCGACUGACAUACGGUCAAGCUUCUUCCUUCAUCACCAUGGAAUACAGCUCUGGCCCCCUUGAAGAUAUGGAAAACCGACUGUUUUCAACUUCAAGUUUGGUGGGCGACGAGAUAUCCUUGCCCAUUCGGCAUGGAAACAGGUCAGGUCCCUUACGAACUGCUCGAAGCAAGCCUGCCUUUUAUAGAUUGUCGGGAAGUAGGAGCGAGCAUGGAGGAUUUCUUUCAAGGCCUUCUUGGAACAACAAUUGGUUUUGGGUUUGAGUUUCGUUUGAAAUCUUCAAAAAAAAGAGAACAAAUGCUUGGCAGAGCAAAAGAAAUGGAUCUGCCGCCAUUGGUGCCCCCUCGACAGCUCCAUUCUUGAUCAUUUUAUGCUGUGUGGAGCUCUCAAGGGGACGGACAUCGGUGCUGAUCCUCGUGGAUUCCUUUCUGCGACUCUUUAAAGUGUACAGUUUUAACUCUCUGGUUCAUAAGGAGCUUUCAGGCUUGGAAGUUAAAAAGUUGUCUUUAAUGUGUGAGAGAAGGGGGGAAAAAAGAGCGCAAAGUAUUCGGUUCUUAAUUUUGGAAUUAUUGAUUCAUUACCGUACAAGUUAGGAAUGUAAUUUGAAUACUCUCUUGUAUCAUAUUAUUUUCUUUUUAAAAAUUCUGCAUUACUGUG